AUGGCAUUGGGGGAGAGCCAGAGAGAUUUUCCCAGCUCUCCUUUUAGAGGGUGUGCGAGAGAGAAGGGAUGGCUGCGGGGGAGAGAUAGAGACAGAUAGAAGGAUUUCCUGUGGCAGGGAGAUAGAAAACACUAAGAAACAAGACAGAGUACACAAAAAGAGAGAGAGUAUGGACACCUUGGCGUUAGAGGCCACUCAGCCCAAGCGGACUUUAAAUGCCCCCAUGAUCACAGGCCUCCCAGGGCCCUUGCCAGCCAAACGCAAACCCACCAAAAAAACUAAAAAAGCUGUUGUCUUUUUUGAGGUGGAGAUUUUGGAUGCCAAGACCAAGGACAAGCUCUGCUUCUUGGACAAGGUGGAGCCAAAUGCAACCAUUGGAGAGAUCAAAUCUAUGUUCCAUAAGAGCCACCCACAGUUUUAUCCUGCCAGACAGUCCAUCCGUCUCGACCCCAAGGGAAAAUCUCUGAAGGAUGAAGACGUGCUGCAGCACUUGCCUGUGGGAACCACAGCCACCUUCUACUUCAGAGACCUGGGAGCCCAGAUCAGCUGGGUCACGGUGUUUUUGACAGAAUACGCCGGCCCGCUGAUCAUCUACCUGAUGUUUUAUUUCCGUGUGCCGUUUAUUUACCAGCCCAAAUAUGACUUCACCACAAGCAAGCACUGGGUCGUGCACUUGGCGUGUAUGUGUCACUCCUUCCACUACGUCAAGAGACUGCUAGAGACACUGUUCGUCCACCGCUUUUCUCACGGGACGAUGCCUCUACGCAAUAUCUUUAAGAACUGUACGUACUACUGGGGUUUCGCGGCAUGGAUGGCUUACUACAUCAACCACCCGCUAUACACACCACCUACCUACGGAGAGCAGCAGGUGAAAGUGGCCCUCAUUAUUUUCCUGUUCUGCCAGAUCGGAAACUUCUCCAUCCACAUCGCACUGAGAAAUCUCCGACCACCAGGAUCUAAAACUAGGAAGAUCCCAUACCCGACUAAGAACCCCUUCACCUGGAUCUUUCUGCUCGUGUCCUGCCCUAACUACACAUACGAGUUGGGCUCGUGGCUGGGCUUCACCCUGAUGACUCAGUGUCUGCCGGUGGCCUUCUUCACACUGGUGGGCUUCAUCCAGAUGACCGUGUGGGCUAAAGGGAAACACCGCAGCUAUCUGAAGGAAUUCCGCGACUACCCACCUCUGCGUUCCCCCAUCCUGCCGUUCAUCCUGUAGAACCGGCAUGCUGACAAACCACACCCACUACCUGACAUCACCCUGUCUGAACCAAUCACCUUCAGAAGACCGUAUGCCCUUCCUGGUUCUCAACACACCAUCACAACAACUCCAUGCUCCCUAAACCCUUUUCACGGCACUGACGAUUUUAUUAGCUUGAUCUGUUCGGCCUGAUCACAAAUGCUUAAACAUGUCCAGGUGUCCAGUGUGUGUGUGUGUGUGUGUAUGAGGGACUAGGCAAAGGGCUGAUGGUGAAAUUCUGGACUUGACCAUUCUGUAGCUUCUGGAUCACUCAGAUGACCAUAAUCUAGACAGUAAUCUAGUAGUAAUCUAUGGUUCCUAAACCAGAUCAAAUUAGUACUGCAGUAUUUACAGACAUGAAUAAUAGUCUAAUAAAGAUUAAUAAAAUGUGAAACAUUUUAUGACAUGGCACAAAUUUUGAAUAGCGACACUCUUGAUGAAUUCAUGUUGAUUGUUUACCGUUACUAAUGUUUACAUUCGAAAUACAAGUUACAUAAUUCUG